AAUUAUGUAAUAAUAAUAAUAAUAAAUGGCUUAAGAGCAAGAGAUUGAGAUAAAAGAAGAAAAAGAAUAAACUUAAGAACACCAUCAUGAUCAUAAUCAUGCUCAUGAUCAUUCAGAUUCUGAUGAUGGUCAUGAUCAUGAUCAUAAAGGAGGAGAUGAAAAAGACAAGAAGGCUAAUAGAGGAGAAAAGAAAUUUAAAAAAGCUAUGCUUAAAUUAGGAAUGAAACCAGUUGCUGGAAUCAAUAGAGUUACAAUUAAAAGAGGAAAAUAAUUCCUACUUUAUAUUGAUAACCCAGAAGUCUUAAAAUCAGCCAAUGUUGAUAAUUCUUAUAUUGUAUUUGGAGAAGCUAAAGUUCAUGAUCCAACAGGUUAAAUUGGUAAAAAAGAAGCUGAAAAUUUAGCUUAAUAAGUGUAAUAUUCAAAUACUAUUAUCUAGUCCUAAAUAAGAUGAAAAUAAAGAAUAAAAACCUGUUGAAACUACAGAACAAGUAAGUGAUGAAGGUAUUCCAGCUGAAUCUAUCAAAAUGGUCAUGGAACAUUGUAAAUGUGAUAGAAGUAAAGCUGUUGAAGCACUUAGAAAAUCUGAUAAUGACACAGUUCAAGCCAUUCUCACCUUAACUGGAUGAUGAUUCAUUAGUGUAUAAGUAUAAUAAAUAUAUAAAAUAUUUAA